GGACGUGGCAGCAUUGUCUUGGGAAAAACUGCUGCCCUCCGCCCCCUCACCGAAAACUCCUGUCAACUGUUGACAGGAGGAAAUUGGCCAGAUGCGCCCGAGAGGGAAGCAGCAGCCAUACAAAGAGAGAGAAACGUAAACUAAAGCCGAUGUUUACAUCAUUUUCUCUUACGAGCCAUGUUGAUGACCAACCAGUGCUUGAAACUAGGGAAAUAACUAAAGAUCGAACCGAACAAAUUCCCGUGGAAACUAGCAUCAGAUACCUGAAAAGUGCUGCAUUUCACCAAACCUAUGAGGGACAGCCAGUGUGGGUACUUUAUAGAAGAAAUCACAAAGGAUUAUAUCCACCCAAUAAAACAAGAAAAACUUGCAUAAGGGGUGGUCAGAUAUCGACAGGCAAUCCUUGCCCUAUUUGUAGAGAUGAGUAUUUAGUUUUGCAUGAAGAGAAUGUUAAUUUGCUGAAGCAGUUCAUCUGUCCAUAUACUGGAAAUAUUUUGAGUUAUUCUAAAACAGGCUUGUGUCAGAAGAAGCACCAACAACUAGUCGUAAGCAUAAAACGGGCUUACGACAAAGGUUUAAUAACUUUUGAUGUACCCAUCAGGAAAUAUAACUAUUCUGAAUUUUACUCUGAAAAAUAAAUAAUGGAGGCGUG